ACCAUUCAUCCAAAGUUUUCAGGAAAUAGCUUCUCAAAAUUUCAUCCCAGCUCUUCUAACUUCUAUCAUUCCAUUUAUUCAUCUACUACCACUACACGUACUAAUACUCUUGCAAUGGCAAAGAAUGUGGCUCAGUCUCCCAUGGAGAAACGCAGCCUGACUUCAUUUGACCAGCAGUUGGCUAAGCGCUGUUCUCGUGAGGGUGUAAAAGCUGGAGCUAAGGCAGCUGUUGUUGCUAGCAUUGCCACUGCAAUUCCAACUUUUGCUAGUGUGAGGAUGCUGCCAUGGGCAAAAGCCAAUCUGAAUCCCACUGCUCAGGCUCUCAUAAUCUCCACAGCGGCUGGAAUGGCAUAUUUCAUAGUGGCUGACAAGACCAUUUUGGCAACCGCAAGGAAGAACUCAUUCCACCAAGGAUCUAACUAUGAAGCAUAAAUUCCAAUCACUGACUUGAGUUUAAAUUACUGUUGUUGUUGUAUCAUCUUGAUAAUAAAUAAAUAGAGAUGGGUUUUCAUUGUAAUAGUAGUAGAAAAUUUAUGUACUCGAUUAUCAACCUUUAAUAUAAUGCACUUUUCUUCCA